AUGGGUAAGGUUCACGGAUCUCUCGCCCGUGCGGGUAAGGUCAAGUCUGCGACUCCUAAGGUCGAGAAGCAAGAGAAGAAGAAGGAGCCCAAGGGCCGUGCUCUGAAGCGCCUCAAGUACACCCGCCGUUUCGUCAACGUUACCAUGACUGGUGGCAAGCGGAAGGUACGUUCAAAUCCAGCUCGAUACAAAGGAUGCAUAUAUGCUCUGAGCGGGAGAGUUGGGUUCUGUUCUUAG